AGAUAAACAAAAUAGAAGAUAAUAAUAAUAAUGACGAAUCUGACAGCAAAGAAGAACAAGAAGAAUUUGAAUUUCUUCAGAACUUAUAUAAUAGUGAUAAAGAUAUUAAUACAUCAUAUAAUAAUUCUGAUAUUAAUGAUGAUAGUGUUAAUAAAUGGCAAGAGAAAGUUAAUCCAGAGCAAUAUAUUAAUUUUGAUAUUUUAGGAUAUGAUGACGAAAAUGAAGGUGCUUAA